ACAACACCACACCAUUGAAGAGCUCGCUUUCAAGCAAGAAGAAUGGGUGAGCCAGAGCCGCCGGUGAAGCUCAUCAGCUCGUUCGGCAGCACGUUCAGCCACCGCGCAGAGGUGGCCCUGCGGCUGAAGCGAGUGUCGUACGAGCUCGUCGUCGAAGACCUUCGCAACAAGAGCCAACUGCUGCUCACUCACAAUCCCGUCCACAAGAAGGUCCCCGUGCUCCUCCACGGCGACAGACAUGCCAUCAGCGAGUCGCUCGUAAUUAUCGAGUACGUGGAUGAGGCCUUCGCCGGGCGACCCCUCCUCCCCACCGACCCGCACGCCCGUGCCACCGCCCGGUUCUGGGCUCACUUCAUCGACGAAAAGUGCAUGAAAUCGUUGUGGGCGGCGCUGUGGAUGGAACCUAGCGAGGCACAAAGACGGUCCGUGGCAGAGGCAAAGGGGAGCCUCGCGUUGCUUGAGGAGCACCUCGGGGAGAGGAGUUUCUUCGGUGGUGAUUCCGUCGGGCUCGUGGACAUAGCCGCUAGUGUGCUGGCACACUGGCUUGGAGUCAUGGAGCAGAUCUCCGGAGUAACCGUGGUCACCGACGCGGAGUUCCCGACCCUUUGCCAUUGGGCUAGACGGUACGCUAGUGAUGAGGAUGUGAAGACAUGCUUGCCGGAGAGGGGUGAGCUCAUCGCCGAGGAGAUGUUUCGAUCAAUGGCAAUGACGACGCCACAAUAGUGAAGUUGUCCACUUUAAUUUGUCUUUUGUGUUUUCGAUCUGUUUCCUGCAAUCUUAUCCUUUUUUCCUUGCACUGUAAUACUCUUUUAUGGUUUGUGCUAAACUGGGGCAAAUAAAGUGAGAGCUUUCUUCAUAAUAA